GUUGAAAUAUGACGUAAAAACAGGAACUCUUCAUUUUUGCACUUGUACACGUCUAAUAUCGAAGUUUUAUUUCGAUUAACAUAUGAAUUCAACGUAUUUCAGAUGCCAAAUAGAACUCGAUAAAAAAUGUUAUGCUGAUAAUAAUGUCCGGCUUUCAGAAGACCUUCCUGUAGCUUUGUUCGACAGUUUAUUCCCUUAGUUUCAAGCUAAACAGCUAACGAAGCUAUUUAUUUAGCAUUGCCAUGCCAUGGAUGCACUGAGUAUAGUGCAUGAUGAGGUCGCACUAGAAGGACUUGACGGGAUAACUAUUCCCUCUUUGUGGAUUCGUCUUGGUUCCAGAACUCCAAGUUUUCCCCUGAAACUCGACUCGUGCACAAAGGAGUUCAUUUGGAGGUCCUUGAUCAACAAUGUCGACCUGGACUUCUAUGAACUUCCAAAGGAGAGAGUGGAUGUUGAGCUGCUUGACCGGUUUGCAGACAUAAACCCUGAUACAGGCAUUCAGACGACCACAAGUUUUUCCAAUGCAAAAAACGACGUCUACCCAGUCACUGUGGUAUUAGACGACAAGGAUGGAAUACAAGGCUCCUGCCUCUUCUAUAAGCAGAGGAAAAACGUGACAAAAAAUGUCCGAACAGAAGAACUCAAACAGUUGGUUUGCUUAGAGGAGGCUGUCAAGAGAUAUGGCCGAAAGCUUGUCGUGGUGGCGUCCCAGAAGAUGAGGUUCCGCGUCCUUAUUGGUGAAGACAGCGACCCUGACUUGAGAAUAACCGACCAAUCGUACUGCAUAUUGGAGCGGCUGGGCCGGGCCCGCUGGCAGGGAGAGCUGCAGAGGGACCUGCACUCCUCCUUCAGGACGGAGCCUGGGAAGUUGCACUACCUAAGAAGGUGUCUGGAUCGACAUGGCCUCAUCACCAUGCAGUCCCACGUCAUACGCCUGCCCACCGGUCAACAGCAGCACUCCAUACUCCUGCUGAUCAAACGCUACCACGUCCUCAGGAGGAGUAAGUAUGACAUCCUGAUGGAACACCUGUCCAACACUCUGCAGGAUGCUCCUGGCCAGAUCGCCUCUAUCAUCACCCUCCGAGAACUUCUUAACGUGCACGAGAGGACAUUCAAGCAUGUGUACAACUACAUGCUGUCUUACAAGCUGGUCCAGCUCAUCACCCUGCCCCUGGAAGACCUGAACCCCAGUGCCGGGCCCUGCAACACCAAGAAAGGAACGAAAAUAACGGUGCGCUGUCUCAAACUGCUAAAGCCCUACCAGAAGAAGGAGUUAAUGGUCGAGGAAGAUGACGACGAAAAUGAAGAUGGAGUGGGAAUGAGCAGAAAAGGUCUUCCUCAACAGGAUAUUAUCAUGGAGAGAGAUCUGGUUUUACAGGCAUAUCACAUCGUUGUGUCGUCUGGCACCAAAGGCAUCUCGCAGAGUAGUUUGCAGGUGGUGAUGAACGUCGGUAAGCUUGAGGCUCGGAUGUUAUGCCGGAGGUUGGAGAGGGACGGCAUGAUUAAGGGCUUCAUGGUGGACGUCGGUCGACAGAGGACCACAAAGUUUAUUGGCCACAUGUCCGUCAGUGCCAGUGACCACAUGCAGCAGUUUGUAAAGGAGAGGGAACGCAACCAGCUGCUGUGUAACUCUGAGCCCUUGCCCGAGGAGAACGCCGGGACGCCCUCCUCCGCCCCCAAAGCUCUUCCCACCUGCAAAGCCUCCUCCCCCAGGCCCAAAACCACCAAGGGAACCCCUAAAGCCAAGGCCAAGGACAUCCAGAGAGGGGACCCUGAUUUUGUCGCCAAAGGCAAGAAGCGGAGUGUGGGAGGGAGAGGCAAGAAGACGCCGGCCCCGGAGCAGCAGGCCCUGGCAGCUCUGAUUAAACCGAUCAAACGUGAAACUCCAGAGACUUCCGUGUCUGAGCCCUCUGUGGUGGAAACUCCCUGUGCCGCAGAGAGUUCCCAGGAGGAGGAGGGGGACCCUGUCUUGAGCCCCAUCGUAGGCCUGGAUGAGAGGGAGGCUCUGGACUCAGCCAGCGAUGACGCCCAGAAGAGCAUCAAGGUGGUUGAGGACAUGCCCAAGCGGAAGAAGCAAGGGAUCCGACUGGAGCGAAGUCAUGAGACCUACCGUCUGCUGAAGAGGAAGAACAUGAUCGUGGAGGUGGUGCGCAGUGUCAAGAUUGUCGAGGGACUCUAUGCGCUCCAGAAGAUGAUCAACGACAACGAGAAGCUGGACGGCUCCAGCACCAAGUGCUGCAAGAAGUCCAUCCUCCGUCUCAUACGCCUGCUCUCCAAGGAGGGCCUGGUGAAGAUGUUCAGAACCACAGUCAUCCAGGAUGGAGUCAGUAAGAAGGUGGAAUUUGUAGUUCAUCCGUCGGUACAACCCAACGACAACAUGGUGAAGAGCGCUAUAGAGCAGGUCCGGUUCAGGAUUUCCGGCUCCUACGCUGUUGCACGUGUGCAGCAGGAGCAGGCCAAACAGGGGAUGGAGUUGAGCAACACCAGUCCCCACACCCCUAAAUCAAAGAAGAACAAGGCGGAUAAAAAGACAAGCCCAGAAGCACAGGAUGCAUUCAUGCCAACAACAGUCCGAGGACUGAGCAGGACGUUGGGUUUCCAGCCCAAGAUGCACCGGCUGCGUCUCGUCCACACCUUCCUCUGGUACGUGGUGUACGGACCGCACCAGAAGGGAUCCACAGGGACCGAUUCCCCUAAGCCAGCACAGCCGGCGGACGACAAUACGACCUCCUCCUCCUCCUCCUCCUCCUCCCACUCCUCCUCCAGUAAGGUCAUUGCAGCGCCCGCACCGGAGAACGGACAAAACUGUGAAAGUUUGAAUCCUUCCGACUGCGAAAACACAAACGGUGCCGAAAACGCAGCGACAGCAGUGGCGUCGAUGCCGCAAAAGUCUGGAGAGACGGCGCUCCCGGGAGAUGAGCAAUCGGUGCAGAUGCUGAAACAAAGAUCUUUGGAAAGCAAUGCGAAGGUCUUUGUGGACGAGCUGUCUUGGAAGAGGUACCUGCCCCCGCUCCGCGUCCACAAGGAGUUUGGCUACGGCUGGGCCCUGGUGAGCGACGUGGUGCUAUGCCUGCCUCUCUCCAUCUUCGUCCAGGUCACACAGAUAAACUUCAAGAUCGAGGGGCUUGAUGAGUACCUAAACGACCCUGUGAAGCAGCACUACCUCGUCAGAGUCCUCCCCGCGCAGAUCAAGAGGCAGCUGCUCUACAAACGGAAGUAUAUUUUCGCAUUCUACGAGAAUUUGCAGAAGUUGGUCUACAUGGGCCUGUUGCAGUUUGGUCCGAUGGAGAAGUUCCAGGAUAAGGACCAGGUGUUCAUCUUCAUCAGGCAGCACGCCACCAUCGUGGACACGACCAGCGCCGAGCCCCACUACUGGCAGGUGACCGAGAACCCAGACAAGCCCUUCGAGAGGCGCCAGUACCAAUUCAGCACCGCCGCCGACGUGGAGAACUACUGGUUCGACCUUCUCUGCGUCUGCCUCAACACACCCCUAGGGCUGGUGAGGGGUAAGCGGGGAGGGGAGAAGGAGAUCACUAUGCCCUCUUUAGUGCUCCCGGAUCGCUCCCGGUUCCUCAAACUGGCCUAUCUCCUCAAGGGCAGGCGUGAUGAGAUGGAUGACGGGUCGACCCCAGGGGACGGUAAAGGCGCGGGUGGCCUGGACUCUGAAUUCUUUGCUCAUCUGAAGCGCAACUGGCUGUGGACGAACUACCUCCUAGCUUGUAAAAAGAAUUUGUGCGACGGAGAGUUGAUCAACAGCAAGAUGAGGCUGAAAAGCCUGCUGAGUAAGAACGCUCUCAGGCUGGCCCUCAAAGCCGGAGAAUCCACAGCACCUCGCGGCAUGACCACCAAGCGUGCCAAGGUGAUGGAGUUCGCAGAGGUGGGGGUGGAACCAGCCGGCAGGAAUCAGCAGGUGAUUGGCGGGAAGAGACAGAAGAGGAAGAGGACCAGGAAGGAGGUGGUCAAGGUGCCUCGCAAGAAGAGAAAAGAGGCCAAGACGCGGGUGCCGGCCCACGACGAGGCGGACCACCGGGCCCUGAAGAUGAUGACCCGGCAGCGGGUCUUCUGGUCCCUGCAGGAGGACUCCAUGCUGAUGCUGUGCGGCGUGGCGGCCAAGCUGCUCAACGACAAGCUGACCCGUCCCUUCGUCCCUUACUGCGUGGUGCGGGACAUGCUGCAAGCCGAGCUGGAGAACUCCAUGGACAAGACCUCCCUGGCGGUGGGCCGCCGCACCAGAUACAUCCUCAAGAACCCCCAGACCCUGCUCAACCACAGGAUCUGCCUGGCUGAGGUCUACCAGGACAAGGCUCUGAUGGACGAGUUGGAGCUGAAGAAGCCAGCCGAUCCAAACAAGCUAGAGGAUUGUGCACAAGCGUUCAGUGAGUACACGCGGCUACUGAGGCACAAGUUCAGCUCCUCCACCGUUUCCUGUGAUGUCACUCUCCCCGAAACCAAGUCACUGCUCUUUUCCCGGUACAAGGUCUUCACGAUAGACCAUGAACAACAGAGGACCUUCAAAGAUGAUCUUACCUGUACGGAGGACAUCCACGCCAUAGUAUUGCACAACCUCAUCCAGAGCACCCUGGUCAUGUCCAACUCCCAGAUGAAGUCCUCGCGCUCCUUUCAGACCUUCCACAUGUACAGCCUGUUCAACCAGGAGGUGCUGUGCCAGGUGUUCAUCCAGUGCAGGAAGCGGGGGCUGGUGAACCGCCGGCGCGUCCACAAGGCCUACGGGCCCAAGAAGAACCGCGCCCUGCCCAUCCUGCCCAUGUCCUACCAGCUCUCCCAGACCUACUACAAGUGCUUCACCUGGCGCUUCCCCACCUCGCUCUGCACCGACGCCUUCCGCUUCCUACGAGCGCUGCGCGACAACGGCACGGGCGACGCCCACAAGAUCACCAGCUUCUACAAUGAGGCCGAGAGCCGCAUGGACGUCCCUCCGGCUCCCAGCGGCCCCGUGACCACGGAGGGGAGUCCGAUGGAGAGCGCCGGGACGAAGGACAAAGGAGAGGGGGGCAGUGGCGGCCUCAAGGGAACCGACGGGGACACUGGGGACCUCAAGGGAACCGACGGGGACACAGGGGACCUCAAGGGAACCGACGGGGACACAGGGGACCUCAAGGGAACCGACGGGGACACUGGGGACCUCAAGGGAACCGACGGGGACACUGGGGACCAAAAGGGAACCGACGGGGACCUCAAGGGAACCGACGGGGACCUCAAGGGAACCGACGGGGACCUCAAAGGAACCGAUGGGGACCUCAAAGGAACCGACGGGGACACUGGGGACCUCAAGGGAACCGACGGGGACACUGGGGACCUCAAGGGAACCGACGGGGACACUGGGGACCUCAAGGGAACCGACGGGGACACUGGGGACCUUAAGGGAACCGACGGGGACACCGGGGACCUCAAGGGAACCGACGGGGACACUGGGGACCUUAAGGUACCCGUCGAGGAGCCUGUAAGCGAGGCAUUGAUCCAGGCGGACGGCCCAGAUAUGGUCAGCCCUGCUGAACCAGGAGAGUCCAAUCAGAGCAAACAAGGGGAGGAACCUGUGGAGAUGGAAGAGGGCAACGGGGAGGGAGAAGUCCCAGGCGUGGACGCAAAGCCACAGACCCAGCGCAGUACAGCGCAGGACUCCUUCGUGGUUAACGCCGGAGGCCUAGUUCCAGCCCCCAGGUCUGCCGAGUCGCCCUCGGCCCAGGAAGAGCAGCCCGGGGCGGGGCCCGUGGUGGGCGGCCCCGGCCCGUCUUUGGAGCACCACCGGGACCUGUCGGACAUGAUGCACCUUUCCCUGGACUCCCCGGGGGGGAUGUGCGCGGCGGCCCUCACCCUGAUGUCCCUGGGUCUGCUGUCGGUGCACGUGUCCAUCCCCAAGGAGGUGGUGCUGGUGGACAACACCGUGGUGAAGACCGACGUCGUCAAGAGAUUGACGGCACUCGAGGAAGAGGAUGAAGAGGAUGAUGCUGACGACGGUGAGGGGAAGAAGAGGCUGCCAGGGAAAGCUACAGUCUCGCACACAAGCUACCUCAUGAUGAAGGGAUACUGCUAUCCUGGCAUAGUCCAACUACGUAACCUCAGCACCUGUGACAACAUCGUGGUGGACCCCUGCACCUUGAGGUUCAAGCUCCGCGACACGCCGGCCCAUCAGAUCUUCAGCGCCCAGGACUCCCCGCCCCUGGACCUGACCCGGUGCGGGCCGUCCCUGGUCCCGGCCGUCCUCUCCCGCAGCCUCCGCCUGCCCUCCCGCUCCUCCUCCUCCUCCUCCUCCUCCUCCUCCGCGGCGGGGCAGGGCUGGGCCGCCCCGCUGAAGGCCUACUGGGGCUUCUCCCAGCAGGACGCAGAGGCCUGCGGGGCGCUGCGGGCCAGCCUGGACCGGGCCGGGGAGGGCGGCCUGGGGGAGGAGGAGCUCCACCGGGACCUCGCCCACCUGGAGCAGCCCCUGGAGGGACGCACCCGCGGCCUGCAGCAGUACAUGCAGGUGCUGGAGGAGGAGUGCCAGGCGGUCCGGGUGGGGGCGCAGGGCGUGCGCUGGGUGCUGGCGGAGCACGCCCGCCCCUGGCUGCUGACGGUGCGCCUGAGGCCGGGGCUCUCGCAGGGCUACACCAAGGGCCGGCUGAGGCCCCGCUGGCAGACCAGGCACAGCAUCCCCUUCAUGCGCAAGAGGGCCCCGGAGGUCGCCGCCACCAUGGUGAUGAGGAUGGAGGAGGAGGAGGACGAGGAAGAGGAGGACGCCGAGCCGCCCAGAAAGAGGGGGCGAGGAGGAAAUGGCAGCGCCAUGGAGGACGGACUCGUAGCUGAGGAGAAGGAGAAGGAGAAGGAGGAGGAGGAGGUGGGGCCAUCCGUGGAGGACGGGAAGACGAGGAAGGGCGGAGAGGAGGGAGAAGUCCGGGAGAACGGGCUCGAGAAGGAGCGUGAGGGAAGCGAUAAUGAGGAGGUCUUAUCCCCGCCUCCCCCCACAGCGCCAUCUGGUGGCGGAGACGAGGAGAUGAGCUACAUCAGCCGGCCCUGGAGGAUGGUGGACGGCAGCAUCAACCGGCUGGCCUGCAAGGGCAUGCUGGAGGGCCUCCUGUACCACGUCAUGGCCCGGCCCGGGAUCACCCAGCACUGCCUGGUGGAGCACUACCAGAACACGCUGCAGCCAAUGGCCGUGCUCGAUCUCAUCCAGGCGCUAAUAGACAUGGGCUGCGUGCGGAGGAAGUCUGUGGUGAGUCGUAAGGCCACGCUGUUCUCCCGCCACGCCGACCCGCCCACAGAACCAGCAGCAGCGUCCUCGGGCCCCGGGGCCACGGACACGUGGUUCUACGAGCCCACCAUCAGCUGUGUUCUGCGGCUCGCUCAGGUCCUGCCCAACGAACCCCAUUGGAACCAGUACGUAUGACCUCCAUGUGAUGGUCCUGGAAGGGUUCCUGGUCACCCGUUCAUUGGUGGUUUUAUCAGUAUUUUUGUAUAUGUGUGGAGACCGGUCGCUAAGCUGCUUGUGUCACUGGGUUAAGGGUGGGUUGCCUCCAGUGACUACAAUGGGGAUUACAUUUUUCGGGAUCUUGCGCGGAUGCUGUCAGUCAAAAAGGUUUACGCCGCUAGUUUUCUAAAUUUGGAUUCUUUAGAUUUGUGGUUUGUUUUUCUUUUGAUUGUGUUUUAUUUUAAGUUAUUUUUCUGUGUUAAUAAUUCUGUAAAUAAUUGUUUCGGGAUUGUAAAUACAAAUAAAAGAUUUUUUUCAACGUA